GUUUUAUUUUGAAAGAGGCACGCGGAAGUCCCUGCGCGCAGUGGAAAUGUCGCUCAGGCUCCGUACUGAGGAGGUAACCCGAAUACGCAGCGUCUGCUUCAAUCCAGCAGCUGAUCUGCUGAUGCUUCACAUGUGAGAUGUGGAUCAGGGCGGAGAGGAAAAGAAAGAAGGCGUGUUCGGAUAACGUUUGGAGCAGAUUAAUGACAUCCAAAUUACGCACAAAAUAAAUUACAGACAGCUCGACCGUGCGCUGAAUCAGCGGGGAGGAUUCAGUAAAAAUUCGGGAUUCCAAACUCAGAUGAGUUUAAAUGGCAGCGGCCGUCCCCGUCUUCAUUCAAAUCUGAGGGCGAAGGUGAAGGUGAAGAAGGAGGGGAUUUUUGAUGGCGAUAUGAAAAUGCUGCGCACCAACGCUUCCAUCUGAACAGCGAGCGCACCUGAGUCAGGAAUCCAUUCUUGACCCUGUCGUCCACCCUUUUCCCGCUUGGAGUUGACACCUUCUGCAGCGCAACGAGGAGGAUGGUCUUUGCCCUUCAUGUGGCUGUCAUGUCUUCAGCGUUUUUCAAUCCCAGCUUUGCCUUCAGUUCCCACUUUGACACAGACGGGGCUCCCCUGAGCGAGCUGUCUUGGCCUUCCUCUAUAGCAGUCGUUGCCGUCUCCUUCUCUGGCCUCUUCACCUUCGUCUUCCUCAUGUUGGCUUGCCUCUGCUGUAAGAAGGGAGACAUCGGCUUCAAGGAAUUCGACAACACCGAGGGAGAUGGGUACCAUGCAGACCUGUCUGCACUGGCCUCGCCGUCCUCCCAGAAUGGCCCUGAGGUUUACAUCCUUCCCCUCACCGAGGUUUCUCUGCCCGUCUCCAAACAGCCUGGCAGAUCCAUCCAGCUGCUGAAAUCAUCAGACCUCAGUCGUCACAGUCUGCUGUAUCUAAAGGAGAUUGGACAUGGGUGGUUCGGAAGGGUUCUGCUGGGUGAAGUCAGUGCGGGCCUUAACUCCGUCCAGGUAGUGGUGAAAGAGCUGAAGGCCAGCUCCAGUGUCCAGGACCAAAUGCAAUUUCUUGAGGAGAACCAGCCAUACCAAACUCUCCAGCAUCCUGCCCUCCUCCAAUGCCUUUCCCAGUGUUUAGAAGUCACUCCUUAUCUGCUGGUCAUGGAGUUUUGCCCUCUGGGUGAUCUGAAAACAUACCUCCGCAGCUGCCAGGCUGCCGAUUCUGAAACUCCCGACACUUUGAUCCUUCAGAAGAUGGCGUGUGACAUUGCUUCAGGGCUUCUGCAUCUCCACAAGUACAACUUUAUCCACAGUGACCUGGCCCUGCGAAACUGCCUGCUCACCUCAGAAAUGUCAGUGAAGAUUGGAGACUACGGGCUUUCUCACAGCCAAUUCAAGGAUGACUAUUAUAUAACACAAGACCAGAUAUGGGUGCCACUGCGCUGGAUCGCACCAGAGCUCAUAGAUGAGGUUCAUGGAAACCUGCUGGUUGUGGAUCAAACCAAAAGUAGUAAUAUAUGGUCAUUAGGGGUGACUUUGUGGGAGCUGUUUGAGCUUGGAAGCCAGCCGUACAGACAGUAUUCUGACAGACAGGUGUUGACUUACGCCGUGAAGGAGCAGCAGCUUAAACUACCUAAACCUCAGCUUGAGCUCCCGCUAUCUGACCGCUGGUAUGAGGUUAUGCAGUUCUGCUGGCUGCAGCCAGAGCUCAGACCCAGCAGCAAAGAGGUGCAUCUUCUGGUGACGUACUUGUGCGCCAAAGGCUCCAGCGAAGCCGAGGAAGACUUUGAGCUACGCUGGAACGCUUUGAAACCCAACUUGCUGUGCAGCCCCGCCCACACAGCUGCAUCCACAACUCCAGUCCUCACCCCCAAACCUGCAUCUGCUGGGGUUUCCAUUGCAGAGCAAACUCAAGCAGUGGAGCUGGCCUCCUCUGCCUCGUCGUCCUUUCCCCUCCUGGAGGGCUUCUCCGACAGCUUUCCGUCCGACACAGGUGAUGAUCUGCUGACUGUCACAGAAACAAGCCAUGGUCUAAACUUUGAGUACAAGUGGGAGCAGGCCCACAGCGAACAGCCUUACUGCUCCUCAUACACCAGUGGACCACUGGGCCAGGGGAACCCACACUACCAGGACAUUUACUACUCAAGCAGGAGGCACCCCUUAGAAGGCUGCGGGACUGAAACCCUGACCUCAAGCAUUUCCCCUUCAUAUUAUAAACCGGAGCACAUGGCUGUUGUUCCAGUGUUGAGUGCUCAUAGCCCCUCAGUAAGCAGCGAGUACUACAUUCGCAUAGAGGAGCCUGUGCAGUGCAAUAUAAAACUAGAUGACAGUAAAGCAGAAAAUAGCCCCGGACCCAAAGCCAUCAACUGCAGGUUAUCGUCCGAGAAUCCAUCAAUGCCAAAAUCUUACUGGUCCACUGCUGAAAACAGAGAAUCCAAUGCUUAUGAUUUGGAUCUAAGCCCCACUAUGCAGCCAACUCUGCAGCCACAGCUUAAACACCCAUCUAGCACCAGUCCUAUAAGCUUAAGCCUGUCUGAUACUUGUCUCUCACCCAGAUGCAGUGAAACCACCUACUCUGGGUAUACAGUGAACAAAACACACUGCCAGUCCUCUCUUGAAGUACUGCACGACUCACGUUCAAACUUCGACCAAUCAGAAGGUCGAUUGGAAAACCCUCGAAGUCUAUCUCAAGCGGUUAGCAGCCCCAGCUUAGGCUUCUGCGAUCCGUACCUUGAAAGGAGCUCAGUUUUUGGCUCAGCUAAUGAAACAAGUGUUGAUAUGACUCUCAGAAAGACCCUGCCUGUUGUUCCCCACCUUGACGUAGAUGUAGAAAUGGGCGACGGGCUGCUGUUGGGUCGUCGGCGAAGUGGAGAGACAGAGGAUGACUUAUACUCCGAAGCGGAGGCCACUAACUGGAUCUCAAACCACUCCGCAAACAAUAACAGCCUGAGCUUUGACAGCCAGCAGGCCGGCAGUGGGUAUGACAGCUACUUGAACUUUCAACCAAACUCAACAGAACUAUGGUCUCUGACCAAGGCCACCACAAAAACCUUCCACAGCUCUAAGCCCCUUUCUCCAAUGGAGAACACAGGAGGAGAGUCUUGUAAACCAGCUGGAAUAGGCCCAUAUAUUCACUUAUGUCACAAAGAGGAGGAAGGAACUCAAUUGGAAAGGUGUUUAAAUGUAGAUCGCUUGCAAAGUGAUAAUUCUCUCAGCAGCUCCAGCAUAAAUUCCAGGGCUGCAGAGCAACUGGAGGGGGAAUAUAAAAAGCAAUCACUGCUUGAUAAAGACAUGAUGUAUCGUGAGAUGAGACCUGCGGAAACCUUUCUAAAGACUCCGUGCUCGAUGAUGGAACAUCCCAGCGGUAAAGCAGAGGUCUUGUCAAACAGGAGGGGUUACUUUUGGAAGGGGGUUCCAGCAAGGCUGUCUGUGGAUCUGGAUGACAUGAGACUCGAUUAUCCGGAAUUAUCAGACGGCAGCAGAGUUUUAGGGGUCAGAAACUCCAGCAGUUGCAUGGUUGAGCUUGGGGAUUGCAGUGGAGAUGAGAACGACCUCGCUGACAUUACAUCAGGGAUCUUUGCAGACUUUAACCUCGACUAUGCCGAAAUAGAAGAGGAGGAGGAGCUGACCCCAAAGAAGAAUCCAGAGAGAAGUCCUGAUUCAAUGGACACCAUUAAUCCUCUGUCAUCCAUGGGAAGCUCUUACGACCAGACGUUCAGCCCUGAUCCGUUUGGUAACCCCAUCUUUCCCAAAUCUCUGGACAGCGGCUAUGACACAGAAAACAACGAGUCGCCAGAGUUUUUCUUUAAAGAGCUCGGGGACCCCAUAGGAGGUGAGAUGAGCCCCAUUCUGGGCGGAGAUCCUGCAGUCAUGCAGCAGGUGGGUUUAGGACAAUUUGUCUGCACAUCUAUAAAUUUCUCACAGAUGCAUGUGAAAGGCAUGGCUGGCAAAAACCCAUGCAGGGACUCAGCUUAUUUUUCUGAUUAUGAUACGGAGUGUGAGAAGAGUCCUCACGAGGAAGGCAGCAAGCCGUUUGCAGGCUCAAGAAAGCACUCCUGCCCUGCUGAAAGCUUUUCAGGAGACCAUUCUGCUGAAAAGCAUGUCAGUGAGAAAAAUGUAAUAAAUCUGAGGGCCAUCAAAAGUUGUGUUAUAGUGAAUCUCUCAGAGACUGACUGUCCUUCACCCCACUCUUUUCCCGACCCUGGGUUGUCCAUGCUGUCACCAUUUCCUCCACAGAUGGGUGGGUGUCUGACCAAAGAGUCUGCACCUGCAGAUGAUGAUCUUGGCUUGGAGACCGAGCAUUCAGGGGACGAGCCAGCCUCAGAGCUCAGUUCCUGCGUUGGCUCAGAAAAUUCUUCAACUGUCCAGAACUCCUCAGCAAACCACGAUGAUUGGAGCAGGAGAGGAGAGAACUGCUCAGCUGUGCAGUCAUCUGGAUGCACGAUAAAUGAUUGCAGAAAGGAGCCCCAUGAAGAUGGUAAAACUGGUGACAGAUCCACAGAGGAGGAGGAGUUGUCUGAUUACAAUCAUGCCAGUGAAGAGGCUGAGGACACAAGGGAGUGUGUGAGAAUAAACGAGGAAGACUUUGAGGACAUAGAUGCAGAGGAAUGUGACAGCCUGUAUGAAGAAAACAACAGUCCCCAUGACCUCUCCACUUCUUCGUCCCUGUUGGAGCUCUGCGGAGAAGAUGUAAGAGCUCCUCUGGAAGUGGGGGAAGACGAAGAAGACAGUGAUGACAGCGAGUCUGAUGAAGAGCUGAGGACAUACAAUAUCCAAAAUGAAGACAGCGAGGAGAGUGAAGAGGAUAUUAGCACAGUACCAGUGGUGGUAAGUGACUGCAGCCGGGCGAGACACCUGCGCAGCCUCCUGAAGAUGCCCACUCUACUCACACAGUCCUUCUGUGAUGAGUUGGAGAGGAAGAAGAAAGCCGUGUCCUUUUUUGAUGAUGUGACCGUAUACCUUUUUGACCAGGAGAGUCCCACUGGAGAGCUGGCUGACUUUCCCCUUUCCUCAGACGCAGAGGAAGGUCAACAGGAAUCUUCAGAGUCUGAGCUUGAUACACAACUCUGCGAUUCUUUCUGUGCUUAUAAAGAAAUAAGUUUAAAAAUCUCAGAUGAAGGUGGGAGCUGCAAAUGGGAAAAUGAGGAGUUCUUUGGGAGCAGUCCAUCUUCACCCCAUAGUGACCCUGAACCCGCCCCUCCAGCCUCAUCGAUCACCAGCAGCCCAGAGGCUCCUAAACCUGCUGCUGCGACACUUAACCGCUUCAUGGUGUCUCGAUUCUCCAUCACUCACGUGUUCGACCAGCACACGGGCUCAGCAGCAGGAAACAGUCGAGAUGAGAAGAAAAACUAAGUGUCCUGUAAUGCUGGUCAGAUGCCUGGUCUGCUUCACCUGACAAAAGCAGCGUUAAUACCUUUAGAUGUUUUCCACAUAUUUUGUACAGGGUCAUGUGCACGGAACAAACCCCACCAUCAAUGGUUAAAAUGAGCCAGAAAACCACAGGACAAGUCAACCACGUAAAUCUACUCUUACUUUAGAACUACUGACACAUUACAGUGUUUGAGCUUUGCUGGAAUGAUCAGAGGACUCUCCAGCCGAGUUUGGAAGUAUCACACCACUGUGGAACCCCGGGUAGAUGUUUUAUUUUUCUGUAAUAUUUAGAGCAUCUAUUUCAGAGUCCUUUUUUUAUGAGACAGUGCCUCAUAUUGUAGUGAAAUAAUUUGCACACACUUGUUUUUGUUUUACAAAGGCAAGCAUUAGCUGCUGGUAACCCAGAAAUAAAAACCCCAUUAAGUCGAAUCGUAAACAUCCGUGAUGAUGUAUGCAUACUGUAAGACAUUAUUUGCUCAGUACAAUAUAUUUCUUUGGGCGGCCUUAUUUUUCUUUUCUAAUAUGCAAUCUCUAUAUAAAAAAAUCUAACAUGAAAAGUUGAAGAAUGUGAAACGACAGGCUUCGUUUUCUUGCUUUUUCUGACUUGCCAGAAGAAGAAAGCAGUGGUUGAUAAUUACCGGUAGUAAGGUAAGAGGUUGUGGCUGAUGCCGACACAAAAAAGGGACCACCCGGCAGUCUGGGCUGAUGCUGGUCACAGCUGGAACUCAUAAUCCAAGUCAUUUACAGUACAGGUUUUUGUUGGGGGACUCAAUGUGCCAUAUAUGGGGAAAAUCCAAAAGUUGCCACCACUCAAAGACUUCCCCCCCUAAAGCCCUUUUUCCAGCCUCAUCUUUAUCUUUAUAAAGUGGCUAUGUAAGUUUGCCCACAUUUGUCCCGUUAAGUAAAUAUUACUUUUGUUCAGACAUAUUUGCUGAAGAAAUAACUUUUGUCAAUCGACAGAUGUUGGAAGAUGUCUUUCUACAAAAUAUUAUACUUCACCACAGUUUUGAACACAUAGAUCCGACAUAUACAGAACAAAAACAUCACUGCUGUGAAGCUUGAUUUUCAUCACUAGUGCAAUGGCUACACCCCCACUCCCCCUUUUAUCCCCUGUAUUGCUAAGUGCCAACGCCUUUCCCAUUCACCUUUGCCUCUUAAGUUGUGCAAGCUGAGGAAACACAGUCAGUAUUUUUGUAUGCAUGUCAAAAUGAUAUGGCCAACUCUCAUAUGAGCCAUUGGAUUAAAAAAGUUCGAGUUCAAGACGCUUUUGGACAGAUCAGGUGGGCGGAUCUUUGCACAAGAUGCAUAGUUGCUGUUUUUAUUUGUGUCACUCAUGGCUCCUGUUGCAUCAAUCUCCUAAAAUAAAAAUAAAUGAUAUACAUAAAUGCAUCUUUAUA